UAGUCCCGGUAGACCACGGAUAAACCAAACUUGAACACACGAGCCACGGCUUUGUCAACUUCAAGCGCGAGCUCAGAAAGAAAAAAGACGGAUGCCAAAUAUCACGCAAGGUGCGCGCUCCGCUUCGCGUGUUUCUACAUCAAGCUUCCUUUGACGGUGUCUUGAUUUAAUAAAAGUUUUUCAUUUUAACUUAACACAUUAUGGAGUACUGGAGGCAGUGCAGUCUGUGGCUGAUCAAUUGUAAAGUUUUGCCCCGGAAUCAUCGGGUCACGGCGGACUCGGCGCAGGUUUUUGAUUUGGCCCAAACUCUUCGGGAUGGGGUGCUUCUGUGCCAGCUGCUGAACAAUCUCAGACCAGACACCAUUAACCUGAAGGAGAUCAAUCUCAGACCACAGAUGUCACAGUUUCUCUGCCUGAAGAAUAUCCGUACAUUCCUCUCUGCAUGCUGUGAAGAAUUUGGGAUGAAGAAGAGUGACUUGUUUGAGGCCUUCGAUCUCUUUGAUGUCCGUGAUUUCGGAAAGGUCAUUGACACACUAUCAAAACUCUCAUAUACGCCUGUUGCUCAACAGAGUGGCAUCAGGUCGUUUCCCACAGAGGAAAGCACAGAAAAUGAAGACAUAUAUAUCCAUUUGGCAGAUCUCAUAGACGAGGAGCUGGAAGAAGAUGUUUAUGACCCUGUGUAUGGAGACAUUGAAGGAGGAGAGGUGUAUGAGGACCUGAUGAGGACUGAAGCUGCUGUGUCUCAGGCGAAACAGGCCGAGGUGGACAUCAGAAGCUGCUGUCUUUUAGAGAUCAAACAGACAGAAGCCAAAUACACUGAGACUCUGGAGACCAUUGAGAAGUAUUUUAUGAUUCCGCUGAUGAAAUUCAUCCCUGCAACCGAUAUUGAUAAGGUUUUCAUCAACAUACCGGACCUGGUUAAUGUUCACAAAGGUCUAAUGGGUGAGAUCCAAGACUGUGUUCAAAAUAAAAAUGCAGAAAAUCUUCAUCAGAUCUUCAUCACUUACAAAGACAGGCUUCUGCUUUAUGGAAAAUACUGCAGUCAUGUAGAAUCAGCCAUUUCUCUUUUAGACUUCAUCUGUAAGGAAAAAGAAGGCGUUCGACUGAAACUGGAGGAAUGCUCAAAAAGAGCCAACAAUGGGAAAUUCACUUUGAGAGACUUGCUUGUUGUGCCAAUGCAGCGAGUGCUGAAAUACCCACUUCUGCUACAGGAACUGGUCAAAUAUACAAAUGAUGGCCCCGAAAAGAGCAACCUACGAAUAGCCCUUGAUGCUAUGAGAGACUUAGCGCAGUAUGUAAAUGAGGUGAAAAGAGAUGUUGAGACCCUGAGGGAGAUUGAUCAGUAUCAGAGAUCCAUUGAGAAUCUGAAUCAGUCUUUACUUUCUUAUGGAAGACCGAAGGGUGACGGUGAAGUGCGUUUGGUGUCAAAUUUGGACAAGCGCAGACAGGACAGACAUAUUUUUUUGUUCGACGCUGCUGUAAUCAUCUGCAAGAGGCGAGGGGACAACUAUGAGAUGAAGGAAGUGAUCGACCUCAGCCAUUUCAAGAUCACCAAUAAUCUCGCCACUGAUAAGGACUGCAGAAAGUGGUCCAGCGGGUUCUACCUCACCCACCAGCAGGGACAGAGUGGAUUUGAGUUCCUGUUUAAGACGAAAGAGCUGAAGAAGAAAUGGCUGGACCAGUUUGAGAUGGCUAUAUCUAAUAUUCGACCCGAGAACGCCACGUUUAACUCUCACCACUUCAGAAUGCACACUUUCGAGAGGGCCACCACCUGCAGCUCCUGUCAUAUGCUUCUCAGGGGGAUUUUUAACCAAGGCUACCUUUGUCCUAAAUGUGGAAACGGGGCUCAUAAGGGCUGUCUGGGCAAACUGGGAGUCUGUGGAAGGACAGGUGCUGCAGUUCAGAAACCACAGAGAAAGACAACACCUAGGAAACAAGAAGACCCAGGUUUACCAAAAAUGCUGGUCAUCAGAGAUUAUUUUGGGGUUCCCAGUCCUCAGGGCGGACCAACAUUGAAUGCUCAGAUUGGUGAUGUCAUAGAGGUCGUCUAUGCCGAUCCUCACAGCUCCUGGUGGCAGGGCAAAAUCCUGACGACGCAAGAGACCGGCUUCUUUCCAAGUGAUGCCGUCAAGCCCUGCCCAUGUGUGCCCAGAACAGUCGACUAUUCCUCCCAACCCUGGUUCGCAGGCCCCAUGGAGAGGCAUCACGCAGAGUCUGAGCUCAUGGAGAGAGAGAACAGCACAUACCUGGUGCGAUACCGGAGCCGCGAGAGCAGAGAGUACGCCAUCAGCAUCAAGUACAACAAUGAUGUGAAGCACCUUAAGGUCCUCACUAAGGAGGGCUGCUUCUACAUUGCUGAAAGCAGGACGUUCAAGAAUGUGUUAGGGCUUGUGGAAUAUUACAAACAGCACUCUCUGAAAGAGGGUUUCCGUACUCUGGACACUACUCUUCAGGUUCCCUAUAAGGAACUUGGUACAGGACUCAGUACUGCUGUUUUGACCCCAAGAGUGCUUGGUAUUGCGCUGGCGCGAUAUGACUUCAGCUCGAGGGACACCCGUGAACUCUCACUGCAGGUGGGCGACCUGGUGAAGAUCUAUAUCAAGUGUACCAAUGGAUGGUGGAAGGGUGAAGUCAAUGGCCGGGUGGGCUGGUUUCCUUCAACAUAUGUGGACGAGGAGGAGUGAACGGCGCAGGAAUUCCUCCUCACUAUAGUCUGACCGCAAUGAACCAGAAGUCGGCUUUGGACAAGAAUGGUAUUAGCGACCAAUGAACUCUUACUUGAGCGAAGCCCCACAAACACCACAAUUAUCAGGCUCCUCUAAUGGGAUGUGAUGGACUGCGGUUGAGACCUGCAGCGUGACGCAUCUGAGGUCUGUUUAAUUAGUUAUGAAUGUCCCUCGCUGCUCCACAUUCGCUCCAGACGUCUCUUUCUCUCACUCUCUCUCACCCUGUCACCUCCUGAAAUCUUCACACAGGGCCCGGGGCCUCCCUCUCUCCGUCUGUUUAAAAUUUAAACUCCAUUUCUGUGCGAAGCCGGACCUCCCACAAACUCAGGAGUGGCACGCAGAGAGAAAAGCCCUGAGCUGGCCGUUUUUUUUCUCCCCCUUCACUAGGCGACCUUUACACGGUGCUUUCAGCUCACCUUGUGCUAUAAUUGAUGAUUUCAUUGGACCGUCUGACUCGGCAGAGUUUGGCUGGGGUGAGAUGGAGUGCUGUGCUGUCACGAAACCUUCCUCCUCUUUGCAAAUUCUUAAUACUAAUUUUUAAUUACAUGAGAUGCAUUUUUAUUAAAAUAAGCAAAACGUUUGUCAUUGUCAUACAAAUUGCAUAAUUCAGGAACUAUAAUUCACAAACAGUAUAGUCCAGGGGUCUGAUUUAAAAAAAGGUUGCAUAGAAACCCCCUAAAAGUGAAAGUA